UCUCCAAACGUCCAUCAUCUAUCGUCUAUCGUCUAUCUUCUACCGUCACAAACUAUUACAGGUGCCUAGGCUAUCUGUUUUCUUUUUUCUUCCCCCGGCCGCUUCUUGACCAAGGGAAUUCUCAUUGUCGUUCUUGCAAUUUACGAGAAUCAUUUUCCUCUUCUUUCGACACUUUGAUGAUACCCCUUAUAGACCUUUGAUUGUCUUUUAUUAUUCUCUUUCUUCUUCUACCGUCUAUUCUAUUGUGUUUAUUUUCCCAGUGUUUUACCCCGCCUAUCUUUCUUCAACCCACAUGCUAAUUCUGGAGUCCAGCAGCAGCCGCCGAGCCUUCUCGCGCGAACGCCUCAAGCUUUGUCUGGAGCUCCACGAUUUCCACCAUUCCCGACCCUGUCAGCAAGGUACAGAUGGAUCAGGAUUCGAGAUCAUCCGAGCCGCGAGAACGAGCCGUCUCCUCUGAGCCCUGCUCAACUCGACCUAACCCUUUUGACGACGGUGAUUCUUCUUCCCGAAAACGUCGUAGGACCUCCCUUUCCGGUUCUAGGAGCUCGUCAGUCGAAACAAUUCCAUCCCCGGACGACGAAAGAACCCCUUCCGACUCUAACAUAAUGAGGAUCGACUCGCCAGAGCAGCUUCCCCCGAGUACGCCGGCUCGUUCAGAGCCUGCUGCUGAACCUGUUUCUAGUAAGGUCACUAUCAACCUUAGGAAUGCUGACAGCCUUGAGAAUACGCCUUCCUCCCCUCCAUCUCCCACGCCCGCACAAUUCCGCAAAGACAGCAUUAAAGUUAGCGUCGAAGAACCGGAGGUAAAUAUGAUACAACUACCUUCGGCCGAAGAUGCAUCGUCAUCAACAUCCGAGCUUGAUAGUCCAGAAGCACCAAUCGAGGAUGACCUCUCCCCCUACGAUGUGGAACCCAACAUAACGCUUCUACCAGUCGAAAAUGUGACAAAAUUUGGUGCUGUCAUGCUCGAUUUUCCAUAUCAUACUGAUGGGGAAUCGUAUCACGAGACGGUUAUUCGCCUCGCAGAUUAUUUUCGACAACAAUCCUCCCAUGUCGACGAUGCCCUACAUGAACUAAAUAAUUGGCUAAAUUCAUACCUAUCAUGCGCACAUAUCGAAUUCUACCCUAUGAUCAUAGAGGCAUACCAGGAAAAUAGACAGUUUUGGCUGGCUCUUCCUGAGCUUUUUUGUUCUAUAGGCCAUCGGCACGGCUGUUCGAAGUCAAAUCACACUCGAGACAUCGUUAGUCAGAUGUUUAUGCAGAUUGCUAGACUAACCGGAUUCCUUCUCCUAGUUGACUGCCGAACACUAAUGCAGGUAAUAAAGAAGGAGGGCAGCGACUUCGACUUGAUAUCCCCAAACUUUCUACGAUUGUUCAGCAGCAUUGCGAGUAAGGAAGAAAGCCAUACUGCCAUUAACGGAUACAUUCCUGCGAACCAUCCGGGAGUCUUAGAGCCGCUCGACGUACUUCAAGCAAAUAUUGAUGGCCUCCAGGUUCAAUUGAGCCGCUUUACCGAGUUAAUUACGACCAAUCUCACGCGAUGUCCUAAGAAAGUAAUGGAUAAUCUUAUCGGAAUCACUCUCCUCACGGACAGCCUUGUGCGUGAUAGCUAUCGAAAGUUGUCACCUCCCAACUUUUAUACCCCGUCAGUACUUGAUCGCUCAAGGAGAAAUAUGAUCUUCGGUUUCAAAUUUUUCGUAGCGGCUUCGGAGGCCAUGGACAUCGUGAUAGAGAAGUCUACCAACAAUCUGGGUUCUGGGACGGCCAUGGAUCUCAUUGCGGGUCUCACGUCAAUUUUCAAGUUUAGCUUGUUCGGUGACACCAUCGAAACCGCCCAAAUACUCGAGGAUCACCGAAAAAUGCAUCCUGAUCUUCAAGACAGAUUCAGACAAGAGGCUCUCUCAUUGGAAUGGAAGAUGCGCAUAUGCUGCAAGCUAGUGAGAUCACGUCAGAUGCAACUUAGAGUCGCAGCAACAUCGCACCUAUGCGAAGAUCUCGUUGUACAAUGGAGGACGUAUAUGGAGCGACAGGAAUUAGGAGAUGAUAUUCCCUACUUGGACUUCCUUCGAUAUUUAUCUGGCUAUCUGGUUACAACUGGGAUCGUCGACUAUCUUCUUGGGCCAACGUGUCACCCAGAAAUUACCCAAGCAAGCUUUAACAUUGUUGGAUUCCUAGCCGUUACUAAAACUUACACUGCCACGCAGACAGAAUUACUUUGGCAAACUUUGACAUCAACCCAGGAUCCCCGAAUCUCCGAUGCUAUUGUUCGCAUGAUGUCCAAGGUAGUUGGUCUCCUCGAGCUGGAAAGUCUCAGCUAUAUGUGUGAGAAAUUCUAUAGUCUACCGAUAGAAUCUUUCUCUUCUUGCAUGCGUGAUCUUUUCGACCAGGUUACAAAGCAAAUGCAGGAGAAGAUACUACCUUACCAACUGGUCCCUCUUUCACCGUACAAAAUAUGUGUUCGGUUACUUCAAGAGUCGUCUAUCCUUGGACCCCAAGGCUCUGUAUUAUACCCGGAAAUACACCAUUUCGCUCUGUCGAAGUUCAGUGCUCUUUUACACUCGGGGCCCGAUCCAGCAGGACGUGAAAACAUAUGGAUGAGUUGUGUGCAUGAUAUUGCGGCCAGAUCUCGAAGCACGUCGGGGAGUCUCCAUGUACUAAGUACGCUCAUGGGUAAUUCCCCGGCACUGCAGAUGUUGAUAUCUGAUCACGACCUGACUCGGCUUCUGGUUGACGAACUCGAAUCUACAAUUGCUAAUGCGAAAGACCUUGGAUUUUCUCCGGUUUAUGCAAAUCCAAUAGGCCAUGCUCGCCGAAGGAUUAUUUCCGCCAUUAUUGUGAAUCAUGGUUCCACCAUCGAUUCGGAACUUGGCCGGCGCCUCUGGGAUCUUUUGGUUGGGAGUGGCGCAGCAUGCCAGGACGAUAGAAAAGCUGCCUGGGACGACUUAAAUGCGGCACUUAAGAGGACACGCCUAGAUAACCCUUUCCUCGAUGCUUGCUUGCGAGAAUAUUUACCCCAAUUACCACCUAGCUGUUACUGCGGGGGUUCUCUCGCGUUCGUUAGAGAAGCUAUUAUUCCUCUCGCAAACGAUGUCAAUGGUAUGGUCCUUGAUGACGAAGACAGUGUUAAGUCUUCUGGAGUCGAACUACUUUGGCAGAUGAUAUUGACGGCUCCGUGUCAUACCAUUGAAGAAACGGCUAUUUCUACGCUAGUUGAUGAUAUUUAUGUCGACGGCAAGACAAUUUUAUCGUAUCCACUUCAUCGCGCAAGGAGGGUUCAUUUUGCUCUAGUGCAGCGGUGCCUACAGCAGCUCAAACGUGCAGCCCAAAGGUUAAAGGAGUUUAGCGAUGGAAACUCAAAUGGAGAUGGUGACCUCACGGUGGUCGUACCGUCUAAAGAACAGCAUGAGGAGCAUGAGUUACAAUUCACAAGAUCCCUGCAGGUUCUUAUAGCGCUUCUAAAGGCGCUGCAAACCAGGCCCCAUUUUGCGGCGCCUGAUUUGCGGUCUCUCAUGCUCCAGGCCCCUAGCCCGGUAGAUGGCGAAUCCGCAGACUUGAAAUAUCAAUCAUUUGAUGGUAAUGAUCAAACAGAUAUAAAAUCUUUAGAUAUAGGGCUCAGAAAUACGGCGGCUUCACUACUCGCCAGUUUGCGCGAAGCCACAGGAUUUGACAACUACCGGCUGUAUUAUCGCGGACAACCUCUAGCGCCAUCAGAAAGCGCAAUAUGCAAAUCGAUAGAGGAACUUGACAUAAAAACUGGGCUGAUCCUUGUCAAGAAAGAGACUGGCAUUACGACCUCUCCUAGACGCAUAAAACCAGGAGCUUCGCCACUCGAUAUUGAGAUCCUGAGUCACUUCAAAGACUUGUGGGGGUAUCUAAGCAUGGAAGAGAAGCUAGCAAGAGAGAUUUAUCACUUUCUAGUUUCGCUCCCGGCUGACGAUUCAAUCCUGACGGCGUUCGAAGAUCCCACGACUUCUUAUCUGGACGUCUUCCCACUUGGACAGCCUUUCAAAUCGUUAUAUGCACUACAUGCUCUCCGUGAAUAUCUUAGUACUCGACGGCUCAAGAGCAACGUGAUGCAGGUAUCUUCGCAGAAUUGUGAGACCCAUUUAAAAUCGACAAAUGACCAGCGUGAUGCUUCGGCGAGGGCAAUGUCCCUAGUCAUUGCAGCAAUUUGUGAUCCCGAGGUUGUCGAACGAGGUUCGAGCGAGGCUCUUCAACUCAAGCUAAGUCUUGAGCUUGUAGACAAUUAUAUUAAUCUCUUGGAAGAAAUCACGGAUACUGAAACGGUCGUGCAACUCUUAAGCCCAAACCUUCAGGAGAGGCUUUCACAAAUUCUUAUGGGCGCCGUCUCAGCUCAAACAAACCAGCUCAGCAUCGAACUGAUUACCCGAUCAUUUGAGGCCCUACUUGAAUCCUGUGCGAAGAGUCAGGUGUUCUGGAAGGGGGUUCGGGAUCAGAUUGGGCUGCAAAAGGUGGUCCAGCGCCUUGUGCUUAACGAUCCCCGUACUAUUGUGAGGAGGGGUAUCGCUGAGCUGAUUACUGCUAAGAGCCUAUACGAACGCUCUGUACCUGGGGCGCAGGCGUUGGAUUUUGCCGAGCUGUUCUGGCCUAUUAUAUUCCAGCUGGUACAUCUCGCCGUUAAAGAACCGAGCAAGUGCGAAGAGACGUUCAAUAUCUCUUUUCAGCUGUUUCACAAGCUCAACGAGCAGGGCUCCAGCGUUGUUGACUUGCCUACCUGCCUCAGGCAAUGUGGGGAACUCCUGCUCUCGCACACGACCACGGAGGACAUAGCCCAUCCGGACAAGGACAUUGUGGCACACGGGCUUGUCAUGAUUUUAAUGAUCGGUAUUAGGGAGGCAUCGAACAGAAAGGAACGGGUCCAGUUUCCUCCUAGCUUCACAUCGGAGUUGUUUUCUCGGCAUCUCUUUCCACCCGAAGAUGAAGAUAUGGGGCUGGUACCUAAAGUAAUUCUCCACACCCCUUCGCGAGCUAUACUCUACGAUAUUAUACUCGCCUUGGUCAAAGAUGAUGUGGCACUAUCUACGCGUUUACUCCAAGACCUAGAUACACUAACAUCUUUCCGUCCUCCCGAGGAUGGUACGGAGCUGUACAAGUAUGACCUCCCGCAGCUUUUUGAAAGGUCGAAUGCUAUUAGAUCGUCAUGUGGAUAUUCUGGGCUACGAAAUCUUUCGAAUACUUGCUAUUUGAAUUCGCUCUUCACACAACUCUUCAUGAACGUUGGAUUCCGCCGCUUUAUACUCGAGAGGCGAGUGCGAAACUCGCAGGCGUCAUUACUUAACGAGACCCAGAUGCUAUUCGCGUUUCUCCAGGAUAGCCGGCGGCGCUUCGUAGAACCUACGGGCUGUGUUAGCCAGAUCAUGACUUACGAUGAAACGCCUAUUGAUAUCCACAACCAAAUGGACGUGGACGAAUUUUAUAGUCUUCUUUUUGAUCGAUGGGAGGCGCAGUUGCCUUUAGAAGCCGACAAGAAGAAGCUGAGGUCGAUUUAUGGUGGUGAGUUGGUCCAGCAAGUCAAGUCUAAAGAAUGCCAACACAUUUCGGAACGUAUCGAGCCCUUCUCCGCGAUCCAGUGCGAUAUCAAAGGCAAAGCGGGUCUCGAGGAAAGCCUCCAAGCCUACGUGGACGGCGAAAUCAUGGAAGGAGAUAACAAAUACAAGUGUUCCGAUUGCGAUAGGCAUGUGGACGCAGUCAAAAGAGCGUGCCUGAAGGAUAUUCCUGACAACCUGAUUUUUCACCUGAAGAGAUUUGACUUUAGCCUGAGGACCCUAACACGAAGCAAGAUCAACGACUAUUUCCCAUUCCCGAACAAGAUAAACAUGCAGCCCUAUACUAUUGAGCAUCUAAGCGAUCCUUCCGGCAGUACCGAGCCAGACAUGUUCGAGCUAGUAGGAAUUCUCGUGCAUUCUGGGACCGCGGAGUCCGGUCACUACUAUUCGUAUAUCCGAGAGCGGCCAACCGCCAGCAGUACACCAUCUUGGGUUGAAUUCAACGACGAAAUAGUUACGUCGUGGGAUCCCUCACAGAUGGAAAGCGCUUGCUUUGGAGGGCCAGACUACCGCCCACAAUUCGAGGCUGGUGCUGCCUAUGAGAAGGUAUAUAGUGCUUAUAUGUUAUUCUACCAGCGCUCUACCUCGUUGCAUAAGGAGCAAGAGAUGUUAAGGGCAUCUGGCCAAGUCGGUGCUUUCCGGUGCAACCUUCCCAGGAGCCUCGAGUCUCAAGUCAAGGAAGAUAACUGGGCAAUAGUGCAGCGCCAUUGUCUCUAUGAUCCGGCUCACAUGCCUUUUGUGUGCGAAGUACUCGCCAAUACGUGGGGUACCACAUGCUCCAAGGAACACAAAAAAGAAAAUCUAGCGAUGCAGACGGCGCUCGGUCAUCUAGACCAAAUCGCAUCGCGAGCCAAGGACUUGCCGGAUUACGACCAACUUAAACAUCUUUUAAUCAAAGUCUGUCAGCGGUGCACUAUGUGCUGUUACUCGUUCUUCGAUUAUUUUAGCCAACACAAGGAUGCGUUGCGCAUGCUCCUGCAAAGGAACUCAGAUCUCGGCGUGCGUCAGGAUAUAGGGAAAAUGUUCAUAUUUGUCAUUUUAACCCUCAAAACCUCAUUCCCGGAGGAGUACGGCCCGCUCGAUAACGACGAUGAUAUAAUACUUUCCAGCACAGUAGACCGAAGUUUGAGCAUAGUGGACAUGACCUUAGAUAUCUUCCUAUACGUUUGGGAAAACUUCCACUUACGCCUUAAUUCCUGGCCGGAAUGCUUUGGAACUAUGCUUGAAUUCGCCCGAAUGGGACGCUAUGAAGCAUUGGCGUUCCUAGAUAGGGACUUCCUAGGCAAACUUAUCCUGGCGAUCGCAGUCGACCAGGUUUUUGACCUUCCCCCGCAAUACGUCAGGCUGCUCAAUACGGUAUCAAGAAGGUCGGCGAGACCACCCAACUAUGAAAACAUUAUCGCCCUUAUCGAUGAACUUAUGGCAGUCAUAGAUCUAAUACCUGGUCCAGGGAGGUUCGCGGAAGAUGCUCGUGGUCGAUUAUCACUAGGCCUCCAAGAUGAACCGGUUCUGUUCACGGUCGAAGAGUGUAAUCUUCUAUACCGGGAUUGGGCCAGAGGUCAAGCAAAUGUUUUCAUGGAAAAGCUCAUCUCUCUCAACCAGAACCCAGCGGCUACCGAUUCUAUCAUCAGACGCCUCAUGAGUUAUGCCCCGCUAAUGGAUUUAAAGGUAUACCUGACAUUACGAUUUAAUAUCACUGGAGACUUGACUUCUCACAUGGUAUCGCCUUUCCUUCGCGUUGCCGUAACAUACUGCCGCUACAGUACUCAAUACGAUAAUGUCUAUCGCCUAAUUAGCUAUAUAUCCAACCAGUGCAGGAGCCUGCAGAACGCAGAAGGCCGAGCCUUUUUUGACUUUCAACGAGAAAUCUUCAAUGGGGCAAGAAACACAGGUGAGACAAGCGAUAUCAUCCGGUUGAAUAGCUUGGAGAACAUCCCGAAAUGGGCCCCGGGACUUCUCGGAUAUAUCGACCAUGCAGUUAGCGAUGAUGUAGGCAACUUUCUACAGGAGAAGUUGUUCAGGCACGGACCCUCGCCUACAUUCGGGGAGAUGAAUGGGGGGCUUGAAAGGUCGCAGGCAAUAAUUUCCGUGGUCAGGCGCCUGGCUGUCUCAUGUCUGGAGUAUCUGCGGGAUACGUACGUUUCUCGGGCAGCGCAGGCCGCCAAAUACACGAUAGAUCCCUUGGACCGAGUGCUCAAGAAGUGUGAGCCGUACUUUAGUCUUAACGAGGAGAUGGAUGAUGGCCUUAAAGCACAGUAUAUGGAACUCCGUCAAGUCGUUUUGGAACCGAUGGUCAGACUAACAGUGGACGAAAUUGAAGAGGAUGGUUCCGAUUGGGAGCAGUCGGUCGGCUCUUCGGAACAGAUGGAUAACUUGACAGAUCUCAGCAUGCAAAUCGACCGCGAUCUAGUAUAAGCAAAGCUCAGGUUCCUACGAAACAUUCCCCUUAGCCACGGUUUUAGUUAAUGCAGCGAUUGGGGGUAGCUAAGGCGAAGGGGUUGUUGUAACAUGCGACUGAUGAUAUAAGAUGUGAUGACAGGCCGGUCGGAUAAAUGGAAAGGUAAACUAGAGACAAUGCAUAGCGCUGGCGUGGUAGGCGUCUUAAGGGAUGGACAAAAUGCUACUUCACACAAGGACAUUGUUCUGGCGCAAGCAGGAAGAGGGGCGGACGAUUCUAGUCAUGCUCGAUUAGGAUGUCUAGUUGUACGAGUUAUGGUUUAUUACGUAGCAAUUCUUACAAGAUAGAGCGGUGCGUUGCGAUAGAUGAUGCCUAAGCCAGGGGAGGGGUAGAAAUCGUAGGUUUGCUGGUUUGCUGGUUUGCUUUACUUUCAGCACAGAAUACCCAGCUUAUUCACGUUUACGUGAGUUAGUUACAGUAGGGGGGGAAAGGAGCAACAUGAUGAUUUGAUCGCAGUUAGCUACUGAGCUAUUAAAGCAGACUUGCACAGCAAAAGUCUCAUCUCUUGUUUG